GAUUCGGGUAUGACAUUUUGCUUCAACUUGCAUUUUCAGAGAGGAGAUAGAUAUGCGGCUGAGUCCUCGGGAAAUGGAGCACCUGCAGCUCCAUCAAGCUGGCACCCUCGCUCAGAAGCGCUUGGCGAGGAGCUUGCGGCUGAACUACGUGGAAACUGUGGCGCUCAUUGCAUCGCAAUGCUUGGAGCUCAUCCGGGACGGCCGGACGGUGUCAGAAAUCAUGUCGUUGGGGAAGACGAUGCUGGGCAUCCGUCAAGUCAUGGACGGUGUGUCUGCCAUGUUGCACGAUGUCCAAGUGGAAGGAACGUUUCCCGAUGGUACCAAGCUCGUGACGGUGCACAGUCCCAUCUGCCGCGUCGACGGGGACUUGGCGUUGGCCUUGUACGGUUCGUUUUUGCCCAUCCCGGCGCUCGAUUCAUUUGGACCUGCCGACCCCCCCUUCACAGGUCAUGACGAUCAAAUCAUGGUAUUGGACGAUGCAAAAGGCAUUGAACUCAACGCUGGCCGGGUCAUUCAACGCUUGGUCGUGAAGAACUUGGGCGACCGACCGAUUCAAGUGGGCAGUCACUACCACUUAAUUGAAAGCAACCCGAUCCUCGACAUGGACCGGCGACUGGCGUAUGGGCACCGCCUGAACAUUCCCGCGGGCACCGCCGUCCGUUUCGAACCAGGGGACGUCAAGACUGUGUCGAUUGUGCCCAUUCGUGGGAACCGCAUCAUCUCCGGCGGCAACAACCUUGCGUCGGGUGUCGUGGACAUGAAAUCCGUCGAUAGCAUUGUGGCAGCGCUGGUCGCCCAGGGGUUUCUGCAUACCCCCCUCGUGCCGUCGGUCGAUUCGGUCCAUCCACCGCCGUGCAUCAUGUCGCGCCAAACGUACGCCAGGACGUAUGGCCCGACCACCGGCGACCGCAUUCGUCUGGGGGACACGGCGUUGGUCGUGCACGUGGAGAAGGACCUUACCGUGUACGGCGACGAAUGCAAGUUUGGCGGCGGCAAGGUGCUUCGGGAAGGCAUGGGGCAGGCAACGGGUCGAAAUGCUCUCCAAGUGCUGGACACGGUCAUCACGAACGCAGUGAUCAUCGACUACACGGGGGUUUACAAGGCAGACAUUGGCAUCAAACACGGGGUGAUCUGGGCGAUCGGCAAAGCUGGCAACCCCGACGUCAUGGACGGAGUCCACGACAACAUGAUUGUGGGCGUCAACACGGAGGUGAUCGCCGGCGAGGGGCUGGUUGUCACGGCCGGCGGCGUCGACACGCAUGUACACUUCAUCUGCCCGCAGCUGUGCGACGAAGCGAUUUCCAGUGGUUUGACCAGCCUUGUGGGCGGGGGCACGGGGCCGGCGACGGGCACGAAAGCCACCACGUGCACGCCGCACCCGGACCACGUCAGGCGGAUGCUGCAGGCCACGGACACGUUCCCGUUGAACAUUGGGCUCACGGGCAAGGGCAACUCGGCGUCCCCCGUCGGUCUGCAGGACAUCGUGGACGCCGGCGCGGUCGGGCUCAAGCUGCAUGAAGACUGGGGCACCACGCCGGCGUCGAUCCGCGUCGCCUUGGACGUGGCAGAUGCCAACGACAUUCAAGUGACUAUCCACACGGAUACGCUCAACGAGUCGAGCUGUGUCGAGCACACGAUCGCCGCCUUUGGCAACCGCACAAUCCACACGUAUCACAGCGAAGGCGCGGGGGGAGGCCACGCCCCAGACAUUAUCACUGUGUGCGGCGAGCUGCAUGUGCUGCCGUCGAGUACGAACCCCACGCGGCCGUUUACAGUCAACACGAUCGAAGAGCACGUCGACAUGUUGAUGGUGUGCCAUCAUUUGGAUAAGAGCAUUGCCGAAGAUGUGGCGUUUGCCGAGUCGCGCAUUCGCGAAGAGACGAUUGCGGCCGAGGACAUUCUCCAUGACAUUGGUGCCAUCAGCAUCAUCUCGUCCGACUCGCAAGCGAUGGGCCGAAUCGGCGAAGUGAUCACGAGGACGUGGCAAACCGCCGACAAGAUGAAGCGGCAGCGAGGGUUCCUUCCAGAGGACGCUGACGACACAGACAACUUUCGUGUGAAGCGAUACAUUGCCAAGUACACGAUCAACCCCGCCAUUGCGCACGGCAUGGCGGACUGGAUUGGGUCGGUGGAGACCAAGAAACUGGCGGAUCUGGUGCUGUGGCAGCCCGAUCACUUUGGCGCCAAGCCGGAGCUCGUGCUCAAGGGCGGCACGAUUGUGUACGCGCAGAUGGGCGACCCGAACGCGUCGAUCCCGACGCCCCAACCCGUGAAGAUGCGACCGAUGUUUGGCGCGCAAGGCGGCGCCGUGGGGGCGACGUCGAUUGCGUUUGUGAGUCGCGCGUGCAAGGAAAAGCAGAUUGCCAAAGGAUACGGCCUUGGCAAACGCGUUGAAGCCGUGACCAAGUGCAGGAACUUGACGAAGAAGCACAUGAAGUGGAACGACGCGCUGCCCAAGAUUGAUGUGGACCCCGAGACGUACCAAGUGACUGCGGACGGGGAAGUGCUGACAUGCCUCCCGUCGACAUGGCUUCCUCUGGCGCAGAAGUACUUCUUGUUCUAAGGUUCCUAAAAGCUGAUACCGGUGCAUGUAGUUCUCCAGGUUAACAUGCAUAAAGCGUUCCUACGCCAUGUUCGUGUCG